AUGACGCUCGCGGUGGUCUCGGGCAACCAGUAUCUGCCCGGCGUCGCGGCGGCGUGCGCGAUCGCCGCGCCCUGCUACCACACGCAGACGGCGGACGUCACCGGGAGAUCGCUGAUGGCCUUCUCCACGUCGGAGGGUUGCGGAGAGCGCGUGCGAUAUUUGGCCGUGCGAGUUCCUGUUCUGGCUCUGGCAGUUACUGCUGGACCUGGACUCUGGUUGUGGCUGCUCCGUCGCUCUGCAGGAGGGAGGAGAGGACAGUACGUGCGAUACCUCACUGCCUCAUAUCGUCCAGAGCAGGAGGGGUGGGAGGUCAACCGCCUCUUAAGGAACAUAAGCUUGAAGUGUUUCGUGGCAGUAUCGCCGUUGUCGUACUGUCCUGGGCUUCAGCUCACCCUCGUCUCGUGCCUCAUGUUCUCGUUCACCGCCUGGCAUUUGAGAAAUCUGCCGUACAAGCUGGAUCUUCUCAACAGUAUUGAAGCCGUCUCGCUUUGGGUGUUGAACCUCUGUCUGAUGGCCUCCAGCUUGGCAGUGAGCGGCUCCUGGCACCUAACCCAGGACUUCAGGACUAAGCUGAUAAUCGGCGUCUUCGUGCUGUUGGCGGUUAACUCCAUCGGGCUGGCAUCGCUAUUCAUUUGGGCGAAGGUCACCCUGCACGACGACCACCAGCUCUUCAAGCGGAACGACGGCGACCAGCAGCAGCGGCAUUCUCUGGGGUAA